GGUAACAGGGGAGUCAGCAGCACAGCAGUAAAGGAGAGAGGCUUCAAUACACCUGUCCUCUGGUCACCUCUGCAGCUCAGAACAGACAAAAUGACACAGGAUUAUUUGGGGUUCUCCUUAGUUAGAAGUGUGUCUAACAAUGGCACCGUGGCCCUCAACAACCCGGCGGAUAUCUCUGUCAUUGUGAUCUACUUUUUGGUUGUCCUGGCAGUCGGAGUAUGGGCUAUGGUGAGCACAAACCGAGCCACCGUAGGUGGAUUCUUCCUGGCAGGAAGAAGCAUGGUGUGGUGGCCUAUUGGGGCAUCCCUCUUUGCGAGCAACAUUGGCAGUGGGCAUUUUGUGGGCAUCGCAGGGACUGCGGCUGCAGCUGGACUUGCCAUUGGCGGAUUCGAAUGGAAUGCCCUUGUGGUGGUGAUCAUUCUUGGAUGGCUCUUUGUGCCCAUUUACAUCAAAGCUGGGGUGGUGACCAUGCCAGAGUACUUGAGGAAGAGGUUCGGAGGGCAGCGCAUCCGCAUCUAUCUCUCAGUGCUCUCACUCUUCCUCUAUGUCUUCACUAAGAUCUCAGCAGAUAUGUUCUCUGGAGCCAUCUUUAUUAACCAGGCUCUGGGGCUGAAUAUCUACCUUGCUGUGAUUCUCCUGCUAAGUAUCACUGCUCUAUACACAGUCACAGGUGGACUGGCUGCAGUGAUCUACACAGACACAUUGCAGACCAUCAUCAUGGUCGUGGGAUCUUUCAUCCUCAUGGGUUAUGCCUUCAAUGAGGUGGGAGGUUAUGAGAACUUCCAGACGCGCUACAUGACGGCCAUACCUACUCUGACUGGGGUCAACAUCAGUGAGAGCUGCUACACCCCUCGGCCUGACUCCUUCCACAUCUUCAGGGACGCAGUGACAGGGGACCUGCCCUGGCCAGGCCUGGUGUUUGGCCUCACUGUCCAGGCCACCUGGUAUUGGUGCACUGAUCAGGUGAUUGUCCAGCGCUGUCUAUCUGCCAAGAAUCUUUCCCACGUCAAGGCUGGCUGUAUCCUGUGUGGCUACCUGAAGCUGCUGCCCAUGUUCCUCAUGGUCUUCCCUGGCAUGAUCAGCCGAAUCCUCUACCCAGACGAGGUGGCGUGUGUGGAACCAGAUGAGUGUCUGAGGUACUGUGGGGCCAGUGUUGGCUGCACCAACAUUGCUUAUCCCAAACUGGUGGUGGACCUCAUGCCAAAUGGUCUGCGAGGCCUGAUGCUGUCGGUGAUGAUGGCUUCUCUAAUGAGCUCCCUGACCUCCAUCUUCAACAGUGCCAGCACCCUGUUCACCAUGGACAUCUACACCAAGAUACGCAAAGCCUCCUCUGAGAAGGAACUCAUGAUUGCCGGGAGGGUGUUUAUCCUGGUUCUGAUCGGGGUGAGUAUAGCCUGGAUCCCUGUGGUCCAGUCUGCUCAGAGUGGCCAGCUCUUUGACUACAUCCAGUCCAUCACCAGCUACCUGACCCCGCCCAUCGCUGCCACCUUCAUGCUCGCUAUCUUCUGUAAGCGCGUCAACGAGCCGGGUGUGUUCUAUGGCCUUACGUUAGGUCUGGCUAUUGGCUUAACCAGGAUGAUCGCUGAGUUUGCCUAUGGGACAGGAAGCUGUGUGACCCCCACUAACUGUCCUGAGAUAAUCUGUGGGGUCCACUACCUCUACUUCUCCAUCAUUCUGUUCUGUAUCUCCUGCCUGGUGAUAGUCAGCAUCUCCCUCAUGACCAAACCCAUCGACGACAAACAUUUGUACCGGUUGUGCUGGCAGCUGAGGAACAGCACAGAGGAGAGGGUGGAUCUGGAGCUAGACAAUUGGACAGAAAACCAAGAACCUGACUCGAUGGAUAUUGAAGAGCCCACAGAGGAGCCAGGCUGUUGUAAGAAGGCAGUAUUGAGCUUCUGUGGUUUGGAGAAAUCGAAUGCUCCCAAGCUGAGUGCUGAGGAGCAGGCUGAGCUGCAGAGGCAACUCACAGACACCUCAGAGAAACCCUUGUGGAGGAACGUGGUCAAUGCCAACGCCAUCAUCCUCCUGUGCGUCUGUGUCUUCUUGCACGGCUUCUACGGUUAAACAUCUCCUCAUCCUGGACCUCCAGUGCCCUGGAGUCUGGCCUGUCAAACCAUCAACUUGAGGAGCCUCCUCUUUCAAACCUGAAAUCCUCCCCAGACUCACAGGCCCACGACGCACUGUAAAUUGCCUUCUCUCUUACACUCCCUCCCUCUAUCCAUCAUCUGGACAGGUCCCUCUUAACCUCUUAACUCUGUAAUCUCCACACCUCCAUAACGUGGUCAAUGCUACGAACGCCUUACCUAGCUCCAUACCUGAAUGACUGGCCUGGACUCUCUAACUGGGAGUCACAACGCUCCUUCGUUUGGUGUUCUUUGUUCUCUGCUUUGUGGACUUUAAAUGUAUGUUGAAUGUGUCAUGAAGAUUAUGAUGAUGAUAAAGAGGAUGAUCAUGAUGAUACUGAUGAUGAUGAUGAUGAAAGAUCUGAAUAGAACUCAGUGUCCAAUGUUAUCCAAUGUUCACUUUGAACUUUCUGACCUUCAUGAACAUUCUAUAUUUCGGUAUAUUACAUACACUAGGUGGGGGUGCAGUAUGAAUAAACUCAUGUAAUUUAA